AGAUACAGCUAACGAGAUUGGGAUUCGAACACGCCUAAGCUCGUACAUAAGCUUGCGGAACGCACCGUCAUGCAACAUGUGAAUCUGGACCGGGAGGUGAUCAUGGAGUAUAACAUGUGCAGUAAUAAGGAAGCUGGGGAUUUGAUUUAAGCAUAUAAGUUGCAUUUUGGGCGCGUGUAAACGGAAAGGAGAGGAACCUUAGCAUUGACCCCCAAAUUAUGACCCCCAUCCUUGUUCGUUCGUGAUCCACGUUCCGUGUUCCGUGAUGGAUGGAAGAAGAGAAGUAGGGGUGGUGGGUCGUGGCUUGAAGGAUAAAUAAAUGAAAUGAGGCUUUCCUGUGGCUGGUGUAAUUCGGAUUGAGCCGCUUAUAUAAUCACUCUAUUUCCCUAAUUCCAGCCUUACCUAACAAGCUCUAGCGUUCUUAUUCCCCAGAUGGAGUUAAGUUUCUCGGAGUUACUUACUAAAAUAGCACUUGUUACUCCGGCUUGGCGGGCACAUGAACAGAUUAGGAAGCCGGCCGAGGUUUAAUUCACAUGUUGUUUUGGCGUCAGGGCCGAAAAUGAGCGUCAUCGCUUUUUAUACAUUACUAUGUUAGCUCGAUGCGAUUCCCCGGAUUCUUAACUUCUUUCCAAUUUCUUACCUCGCGUGCUCUCUAACAACACACCUACAAACCCCCAAUUAUCUUCAAUUUUACUAACUCUCGGUAAUCAAAGUCUCGCCAAAAUGGGUCUUAAGAACGACAAAUUUCCUUCCUCAGCGGCUUUCGAUGCUAUCAACGAAGCGCUAUCAGCGAGCGAAGCCGACCGCAAAGAUGCUAUCAAGCAAGGCAAUGCUAUCUUCGCAUUCACACUAAAGAACAAAGCCGGUGAGACUGAGAGUUGGCAUAUCGAUCUGAAGGAGAGCGGCACUGCUGGCACUGGUUUGGGAACUAAGCCGACAGUCACCCUGAAUCUGUCGGACGAAGACUUCGCGAAGCUCGUAGGCGGCCAGGCCAAUGCGCAACGACUAUUCAUGUCAGGAAAGCUAAAGAUUAAGGGCGACGUGAUGAAGGCGACCAAGCUUCAGCCUAUCUUGGCUAAGGCACAAACCAAGGCCAAGUUGUGAAGUCGUCGGUUGCUGCUGAUAUAAGCGGCCUAGAUGUAAUUACUCAUUAUACCCAAUCAUCUACCUAUUUUAGGUAUAUACUCGAUUAUUAGAUCAUAAAUAAGUUAUCAGAGACGUCGUCUUUCACCCAACCAAUACAUCUAAAGAACCGCAAUUAGGUGUUACGUGAAACGAGAUUAUCAAGUUCCCAGUUCCGGAACGGAACUAUGGCAUACCCAAUACACAGAUCGGAAUAUACCUAGGUAACGAGACGUCUUGCUGACUAUAAGUCGCCGUUCCCGGGUUUCUCGACAGAAGCGCAUAUCAUCAAUAGCUGCGUCAAGUCCUAUUGUCGGGUCUUCAGCACGAUAUUACCAUAACUUAUCCGCGAAAGCUAGGAAGGCUAUUGUUUUACUAGCUAGUGCUUGCAACUGUGGUACUUAUCGUCAAAAUUUGCAUUUAAAUAAUCCUAUGAAUAUGACCUAGAUGAAGUCUUAAGA